CAAACUGUAAGGGGAAUAAUGAGCAGUUGCUCUUAUCAAGUGAAUGAAUUACCUCUCUUAGUUCAACAAAAACGAAAGAGGAAGUUAAUUUGAAUAAAUUCCCAAAAACAUAAAAAAGAAAGUAGAUUGGAAAUAAUUUUUAUCCUAAGUCAAUUACGGCAGAGAAUUAUACAAUAAACACAAUCACACUUCAUAAGAAGAAACUUUCAAGAAUGUCUCGAGAUCCUGAUUAUUACCAGACUGUGUCACUGAAACUGUCAGAGGUGCUCAAUGAUAUUGGUGUCAAUGAGAGAAUGAUUCUGAAGAGGAGGAGGUCGGUCUUGUUGAAGGAAUCUAUGUUGACUAGUACACAAAGAUUGCUGGGUGAGAACACUUCCUGCUUUCAUUUUGGUAGCCAGUCUGAAGGGUCUACAACAACAGGACUCCAUUCAGACCAUGAUAUACUCUACUGCUCCAGUAAGUUUAAUGUUAUACUGGACUGGAGUGAGUGGCAACCUGGCAGGUACAAUCUACUGAUGAUCCAGGAUGAGACCACAUCACCAGGUUACUGUCUACUACAACAGCUGAGGGAUGAUGAACCUCUUCCUAUUCCUACUGCUUUAUUUGAUCAUGGACCAAGCAGAUAUCUUACAGUUAGCAGAGGUAAAGUGCUGGUGAAGAACACAGCUUAUAGAGAUAUUGCUAAUGAAGGAGAUGUAAUAAAUGGUCCUGCUACAUCAUGGCAAGGAGGGCCAGGUUUUGCUGAUGAAGAUCGUGUUCCAGCAUACCACUGUAAAUCAUGGCCUGUAGACGCCCAACCAUGGUUAGUAAGACAAGGUAUAGGAAGAUGGCCUACAGAAGACAUGAAGAGAUAUUGUGAGACUACAGGAUGUUUAGUUGUACCAGUGAGCAGUAAAAAUGGCCAGAAUGAGGAACUUGAAUGGAGAAUAUCUACUUCCCAGGCUGAAAGAUGUCUUGUGUUCAAUCUAAACAUCACACAAUUAAGAUGUUAUAUUCUGAUGAAGAUGAUUCUUAAAACAUUUAUAAAUCCUCAGUGUGAUGGUGUCCUUUCAAGUUUCAUGUGCAAAACUGUUUUAUUUCAUUGUAUACAAAAUACACAUUCAAAUAAUUGGCAGCAAUCUAACUUACUUGCAUGUUUGAUGUGCUGCCUUACAGUAUUGCAGAACUUUGUAAGACAAGAAAACUGUUCACAUUUUAUAAUACCUAAAAACAACUUGAUGUCUGGAAGAAUUUCUCCUCUUAACAAACUCAGAAUUCAUGAAAAACUACAAAACAUCCUACAAAGUAAGGGUCGUGUGCUGCUGGAGAUUCCCACUGAUGACCUUGGAACGAGACUUCAAAUGAAGAUAAAUAUGGGUGAAACGAUUCAGUAUAAUGCAACUCCAGGCCAAAUUUAUGCUGAAAUUUCAUCACUGCUGCUAUAUAAUAUUACCAAUGGCAUAAGUAAUAAACACAAGCGCCUUUUAAAAUCAAUGCCUGAUAGAAAUGAAAUGGUUUAUGAGAGGUUAUCAGACUUUACAUUAACACUAACAAGAAUGUACAGAGCAAUGGGUUUUAACAGUUUGGAAAAAUCUGCACUGAAGCUUUUAGCACCUCUGCUUUCAUCUUCUCUAGGAUCUGUGAUAGCAUCUCACAACAUUUACACUACUCACAGUAUAUCUCCAGAAGCACUGUCCUGGUUUUCAGUUGGUUUGAACUCAGAUGUGGCAUCUGGUAGAUUGAAACUUGCAUCAGCAUUAUAUUGUGUAGGAGAUAUGGAAAGAGCAGAGUUUGUUCUGAGGAAUACAGAAGAAAAGUAUGAUCUGAAUACUGUUGAACCUGUAUGUGGAUGUUAUGAUUAUCCCGUGUAUUACCCAAGGCAAGGAUUCAUGCAUAAAUGUAACACUGGAAAUGAUGAAGUGAUAAAACAUAUCACAGCAUUUUGUGUAAGAUUUCUGCGAUGUGAAAUCUGCUGUGUUCCUAAAGAGUUGCAGUAUGAAAUGUUUAGAUCUACACAAACGAACAGGCUUGAAAGGGAUGAAAUAAAAGACUGUUGGAUGGAUUGGGCAGUGGUAGAUUCUCUACCUUAUCUCUACUUCCUACAGUACAAGACUUACAGGGCUCUUCAGAGAGUGGCAGACCAACAAUGUGCACUUGCAAACCUUGUCACUACCAUUGAAACAGAACAAAACCUAGGUCACAGGGAAACAGCACUGAUCUUACUAGGACAGUGUAUGGAACAAGAAAACCAACAUAUUGAUGCUUUACGCUGCUACCUGAAAUCUCGAAAUAUCUGCACAAGAAAUAAUGCUGCAAAUGUUCAUAUCUGUAGACUUCUUUAUGUACUAUUCAACAUGCAGAUACCUGCACUGAACUGAACAGGGUACUGCUGAAAGUGUGAAUACCUACAUGAAGAUGCUGUGCCCUGCAAUACACACUGUUUGUAUUUAUACAUGUAACAUGUGCUAUUACAUGGUAACUUUAGAGAAGUUAAUAUAUUAAAAGUCAAUGAAUAAAUCAUGAAGAUUUCAUGAAUUGACAUAAUUUACACAAAAUAAUUAUAUCUGCCUGGAGUACAAACAUUAUGUUGCUAUAGAAACAUCAGUAUAUUACGGAAUUCAGUUAGGACCAUUGCCUUUGAAUGUGUGGAUCUGAAACGGGAUACUCUGUAGUACGUUGAUGAAAAAACUAAAUCAUGAAACUAUGGUAAAGAAAACACGAUAUAACAAUGAUGAUAACGCGAUAAUUCGAUCAUAUGAUUUUACGAUGGUAAUAAUGUAAUAUACUAUUGUGUUUUCACCAUCAUACUGUCAUAUUUUCACCAUCAUAAUAUCCCAUAUUCGUUAUCGUAGUAUCAUGAUUUCGCAAUUUCGUAACCAUACUAUUCUGUUAUCAUCAUGGUUCUGUCGCAUUAUCACCAUGGUACUGUCGUGUUAUCACCAUUUUACUGCUGUGUUAUCAUCAUCAUACUGUCACGUUUUCAUCAUCAUACUAUCUGGUAGUGGAUAUUGAUGAAGAUCGACAGCUGAUAUUUUUUUAUAACAUUUUGAGUUAAUUCAUUAAAAUGUGUCCUGUGCAAGGUGCUUGAACACACUGUUCCCUUAUUGUUAAGCACUUCAACAACCAUGAUAUUCUGUAUGACCUGCAGCAUGGUUUUAGAAAAAAAAGAUCAUGUGUUACCCAGUUAGUUAUGUUAGUAAAUGAUCUGGUCACCUCAGUCUACAAUAAGAAACAAGUAGACUUAUACUGCUAGAUUUUAGUAAGGCUUUCGACAAGGUUAGCCAUGAGAAAGUUCUUUAAAAAAAAACACAAAUAUGGAAUCAGAGGUAACACAAUAAAAUGGGCCAAAAGCUUUUUAGAUAACAGGAUUCAAUCAGAAGUCCUAAAUGUCACUACUUCUGAUGCCAUCCUAGUAUCAUCAGGUGUCCUACAGGUGUCUACUUGGUCCCCUGCUCUUCCUAGCUUACAUGAAUGACCUCCCACAAAACGUCAGCUCCAAAGUCCGUCUCUUUGCAGAUGACACAGCAAUAUAUCUAACUCUCAAAUUUCCAGAAAAGAAGACCAUGAUGGUCCUGAAUCGCUCACCUGUCCCCACAUGACCCAGUUUUGAACUGAGUAUAGCGUUGUUUUUUUUCUAUUAUUUGACACAGUGACCUAGUUUUUGAGCUCAUGUUACCCAGUUUUGAACUUGACCUAGAAAUCAUCAAGAUAAAAUUUUUAACCAAUUUUCAUGAAGAUCCAUUGAAAAAUAUGGCCUCUUGAAAGGUCACAAGGUUUUUCUAUUAUUUGACCUAAUGACCUAGUUUUUAAAGGCACAUGACCUAGUUUCAAACCUGACCUAGAUAACAUCAAGGUGAACAUUCUCACCAAUUUUCAUGAAGAUCUCAUGAAAAGUAUGGCCUCUAGAGAGGUCACAAGGUUUUUCUAUUUUUAGACCUACUGACCUAGUUUUUGACUGCUUGUGACCCAGUUUCGAAUUUUGACCUAGAUAUCAUCAAGAUGAACAUUCAGACCAACUUUCAUACUGAUCGUAUAAAAAAUACUGCCUCUAGAAAGGUCACAAGGUUUCUCUAUUUUUAGACCUACUGACCUAGUUUUUGAACGCAUGUGACCCAGUUUCGAAGUUGACCUAGAUAUCAUCAAGGUGAAUAUUUUCACCAAUUUUCAUGAAGAUCCAUUGAAAAAUAUGGUCUCUAGGAAGGUCACAAGGAUUCUCUAUUUUUAGACCUACUGGCCUAGUUUUGGACCACAUGUUACCCAGUUUCAUACUUGACUUAAAUAUCAUCAAGGUGAACAUUAUAACCACUUUUCA